AUGUCCACGGACCAUCGCCAUGGGGCGGCCGCCCAUUCCUCUCAAGAGAGCGUCUUGAUGUUGCGCCGCCUCGUGGAAGCGCUCCCAGACGAGUACCAGGAGGCAUUCGGAAAAUGCACGACCGGCGACGAGGUGCUUGAGGAUCUUCAAGAUUACGGGACAGCGUGGAACACUCGCAACCGUCGGCUCGGCACCUUCAUUCGGGUGAUGAAGCCCUUCUUCACCGCCAUGGACGUAUUUGUCUCAUGCGACCCGAUGCAUGCUGCGACAUUAUGGGGCGCGCUUCGAGUGGUCAUCGCUCUUGGCAUUACUUUUCAUGAGUUCUUGGACAAGGUCUCUUCCGGCCUCGAAAAGCUGGCAGUCGAAAUUGAGUACCUCGAUGAACUCAAUUCCAUCUUUGCAGAGCUGGAGCGCAAAAGAUAUCACGAGAUGGAAGCUACAAUUAAUGCAGAGCUCAAUAAGAGGAUGAAAGAGGGAUGGCUGGAACAAGACCUGAAAGAGAAGAGGGAUCAGAUGAGGGAGGAACUGAGCAUGGUAGCAGAGACAGCCAUCCAGCAGGAUUACGAACAGCUUCCAAAGUCUUCGCCACGCACUCAAGUCUUGCUGCAGGAUAUGUUUGAAGAGAUCCUUCAGUUCUUGAUGGGCGUAUUCAGGAUAUUUUACCAUCCGGAUGGAAGGUCAAAAAGCGCAAUGCGAGUUGUCGCCAAGACGGUUUGGCACCCAUUCCGGUUUGACGAGACCAUAACACGAAUGAAGGAGCUCAGAGAGAGAAUGAAAAUGGAGAUUCUACUACUGAAUCUGAAAUUAUCAAAAGAUGCGAAAGACAUUGCGGAAGCCAGUAAGCUGGAAGCAGUUGCUGAGAGUACCCAGGCAAAAGCGAGAGGCGACAAACUGGACAAGUCUAUGAGUAAACUGGAACGAAUGGCCGAAAAGGAAGCAAGAUAUACGUUCCUUCACCGUGUUCGCGAGUGGUUAGAUCCACCGUCCUUUGCUGACAGAUACGAAGAUGUCGCAUCACAGUGCAUGCCGGGAACUACAAGCUGGCUGCUUGAACACCCUAUUUUCCGCUCCUGGCUGCAAGAUGGUAAAAAGGUUCGUGGAGGAAGCCUAUGGGUGCGUGGCAACCCUGGCUCAGGAAAAUCGGUUCUGGCGGCAUCCACCAUCCAAGAACUGAAAGGGCUUGGAUCAUCAAAUCCAGUCUGCUACUUCUUUUUUAACUCAACCCAAGAUAUCAUCCCCAAUACCGCCUCAGCGGCAUAUCGAGCGUUGCUCUCUCAGAUUCUGCAGUACAGGAUAAACGAUGAUCAGCUGAGAGAAACUCUCGAAUUUGCCAUGUAUUUUCAGUCCCCUGGCCAAAAGACUGCUUCUAAGAAAGAAAUUAAUGAUCUCAUGGAGUUAUGUUUGCAUUCGGAUGACAACAUCUAUCUUGUGUUGGACGGACUUGACGAGUGUGAGGAUUCGAGAGAGCUUGUAGAGAAGCUACGAAGUCUUGCAGACCAAGAAACAACUCGCCUUGCUUUAUUUUGCAGACCGACGUUAACGUGGCUUUCCAAGCGAAUUUCGAGACUACAUAUAAUAAGUAUCGAUUUAUCGAACAAGGACGACAUUCAGCAUUAUCUUCGGCAGUCGUUGAAAGACAUGAAGAGCGAAGGCCUCCUUUCCAAGUCGCUGGACUACAAAGAGGUCGCCAAAACUUUGACGCGGCGAGCUGACGGGAUGUUCCUCUGGGCUAGAUUGAUGGUCGCCUAUCUCAACUCGCCCGCACUCUAUCCUGCACAACGUACACAGGCAAUUAGCGAAAUGGACAACCCAGAAGGGCUGGAAGUGAUGUAUGAGCGAAUCUUGCGUCUCAUUGAGGGAAGCAACAAGGCCAUGCAUAGACUUGCCGGACAGAGUUUUCUCUGGCUUUCCUAUGGGAAGCGUCCACUGAUACCUGCAGAACUCGAGAGCGGCCUUGUCCCCUUUGACGCGAAUCCCAACGAGGAGGAGGCUUGGAAGUUGCCGGAAUUCGAAGAUGUCAUUGUUAGAGCCUGCGGUGGACUCAUCGAACUGAGUCCAAAGUCUAUCGAGUUGUUGGGGAACACCUUUCGUCCUCUUCGAUUCAUCCACGCAUCGGUAAAGGAAUACUUUGCUAAUUCUGAGUCAACAUCAAAGAAUGGGUUAAUUCCACCGCCUCCACUUAUCGCUCACGCGCGGUUGGCGACGAUGUGCCUUAAAUACUUGACAUAUCGCGUUCCAUCACAGCCUCUGUCUGGAAAACUGGGAAAUAAUGUUGUUCCAAAAGAUCUCUGGUCCGCGUUUCCGUUUAGCAACUAUGCCAUGGUCAGAUGGACAUCCCACUUGGUGCUCACUAUACAGGACAACCACUACAGAGAGGCAGAGCCAGAACUGCAGGUUCUAUUCUCAGCAUUAAAGCAGUUCUUUACGCAACCAAAAGUGCUUAUGGCUUACAUCGAAGGCUGCUACACCUAUGGCGAAGCCCCAAACGCAAAAUCUCUUCGCGUCUGGGCAGAAAGUAGCUCAUCUGGCAUUUCAUCAAAGCCAGAAGCCGAGAUUCGCACAACAAUCGUCGAGUUUAGCCAUUUCCUUGACAAGCUGGAGAGUGAUUGGGGAAGAACACUACAGAAUAACCCAGCUAGUAUCUGGGAAGAAGUCACAGCCUUCACACCAAGUCCACUUCUUCCGAAGCAUGGCGGUAUUUCUGUUCGUUCGUUGGUACCAGCUCCGCACAAAAAAGCUGGUCUAUCUAGGGAGCCAAUAAACCGUCUCACGCAAGUUACUUCUGACGGCCUAUACCAUGUUACCUUGGGCGUGUAUACUUCAAAGAAGUUCGAGAGUCAUGACAAGAAAACUCUAGCCGAUAAGCUAUGCGAAGACAAGUCUUUCUCUAGGGGAUGGAUCGUUCGCUAUGAGAUCAGCCAACUGAGUGAUCAGCACGUUGUUGCAUCUUUGGAUAUCCCUCUUCCGGAACUCGAUGUAUGGGCGCGGCUUUGCGAAACGUUGCUACGCGGCUUUAUCCAAAUUCCCAUAUCUGUCAGCCGAGAUUCCCGAUUUUUUACUGUGAUGAAAAGUCUCUACCAUGUCAAACUAGAGGGGAAUAAAUUACGGUAUGCCACGCACAGCCUGCCAAUCGAACAUGAUAUCUUCGGUAAUACAGAGCGCAAGUCCCAAGGUCACCGGAAAUCUCUGGAAGAAUUGACUUACAAAGAUUUCUCACGAUAUUAUAAAGACAACCUGAGACGCGUAUCGCUCUAUUGGAUAUACCUUGACGACUAUGGGGAGAACCUAUGCUAUGCGUCUCAGGAGAGGGCCGCUCCAGCUCAUCUGAGGGUGUUCAAGAUAAAUGUGUCUUCUUUCAAUGAAGUCAAAAUAGAAACAACGAAAGUCGCGGAGCGCCAGUUCUGGGCAAAGGGUAUCAGCACGGUUUACGAGGAUCGCGACGACAAAGAAUUUGAGAUGUGCUUCCACCCGUUCCUGCCCGUACUAGUUUACGCUGGUGCCAAAGGAACAUAUGUCUGGAACUUCAAUACCAACAUUUCACAGAAAGUUGGCCAUGGAGCAGCCGAUGUGGCCUUCCUCUCCUGCUCAGAAACGGGUGAAUCGUGUAUUCUGACACCGAGAGGCCAGCGUCCGGAGAUCAUUCCAAUCCAACCUGCCCUAGCCGCCACAGGAAUACUAGAAGAAGAUUUGCGUCCCAAGCUCGAAGGUGAUGAGAAUACUGAGGAAAUGGUUCUCUCAGAUGGUGCUAUGACAGCUUCGCCUGAUGAUGAUAGACUCAUAACGAAGGAUUGGACGCUGACGCAGGCCAUGUCUGGCCAUGGAAAGCCGUUGACAAGCAGCAACAUGGUUGUAGGAUCAAAUGGAAUCACAAAACACGUUUCUGUCGUGAAUUCGGGCCUGACAACCAGUCUUCAUCUAUGGAACGAGGAUGGGCGAGAUGAAUCCAUGGUUCUCACACGGCUUCCGAAUUCCGAAGGCGCAGACUCGGCGAAAGUCAGCGUCAUUAGAUCGCUCAAUGAGGAGGAGCCGAUUCAGAUUAUCGUGGAUAAGUCGGCAGAUACUUGGAGCAAGAUCACGCGAUCUGAACCUGCGGCAUUUCCAGUGAUGGUUGAAAGAGACAUUCGCAGCUUUUCUACUCAGACCACCAUCAAUGAAAGCUCUCGGAAUGAUCAUGCAGCACUUCCUGGGAUAGUGGAAGGAGAAAUUCGAGGCUCUUCUGCUCAGACUAGCUCUGAUGCCAACUUAUUAGCUGCGGAUAGGUCUGGUGAGAUGCCUCAAACUCUACCUGCUGCGUCUUCUAUACAAGAAGAAAGACAUCUUCAAGAUUAUAUGAACUGGAGGGAUGAUAAUGUGGAAGAAUCUAAGAAUGAUGGGCACAGAAGCCGACUAAAGAGGUUUCUGGGAAAGAUGAAGUGCUUAUAG